AUUGUCUGAGCUGAGCAGGUUGCAGUAGACUAGAGUCUGGAAAGGCGCGCACAAAGGCUUCAUUGAGUGCAUGGCGGCGGCGGCGCGCUUCUGCUCUCUUUGACCCUCAGCGCUACUCGAGCCUCAGCUAAAGAACGGAGAGGUGCGCUCCACUAUCACUGGCCGAGAAUGAUUAGGAAAAACCACAAAUAAUUGUUCCUCCCACGUCCGUGAGAUUACACAUCAUCUUUGAAAAGGAAAUGAAACAAUUGUUUUUCUCAUUUAUUAACCUGCGGCUUCUGUUACGAGCUCGAAUGCGCGCGCCUGUUUUUCCUCCGUCCUGACUGGUGAUUUGAACUUGUCCUCGGAUACUUGCUCGGUAAAGUUGGUCGUUUCGAAAGAACGGAAACAUGGAGGAAAGUUUUCUGCAAAAUGUUUUAGGGUUCUACGGUGAAGAGAACUCCCUGUCCGUGGGAAACCUGGAGAAGUUUCUGCAACUCAUAACCAGUCGGCGCGCGGCGUCAGUGGAAGAUGAAGGCAAUCCGCUGAAGAGCGCGGAGUGCUGGUCAAUAUCAGAGCUGCUGUCUGCCUUUGGGUUGAGUAACGCUUCUGCGAUCAGUGUCAGCAAUCUGGAAAUGAUGUGUCCAGCUAUUCUCAAUCAGGUCCUGAUCCCCGCCUGCCCUUACACUUCUUCAAACCUUAAUGAAUCUACAUCAGUAUCUGAUCACAAAGUUUGGGGAUACGGGUUCCUGGCUGUGACAGUGAUUAACUUGGCUGCGUUGCUGGGUUUAUUUCUGGUGCCUUUCACUAAAAAGAAAUAUUUUCCAAAAGUCUUGAUGUACUUCAUUGGACUGGCCAUCGGGACACUGUUUUCAAACGCUGUACUCCAACUUAUCCCAGAGGCUCUUGGAUUAGAUCCCAAAGAUGAUAACUAUGUGCUGAACGUAGUUGGCAUUUUUGGUGGGUUUUACAUUUUGUUCGUCACUGAACGGGUUUUGAAGAUGAUACUGAAAGCAGAUACAGAGCUCGGACACAGUCAUUUCCCUCCACUGCAGUCAUCUGAUGUCACCAUCAGCACCAUCAGCAAUGACGUUGUCAUAAGCAACAUCAGUGGUGACAUUAUUUCAAACAACACUAAUCAUGAACUAAACUCGAUCAGUGAAAAGUCCAACAAUCCAAGUGAGAGUCCAGUAGUUGAACAGAAUGCAUGUGCGUUAUUUGCAUGCCGCUGGCUGAAGGGGUCUGCGAUGUCUAAUAUAAAGACCGUGGCUUGGAUGAUCACUGUCAGUGAUGCUUUGCAUAACUUCAUAGACGGUCUGGCCAUCGGAGCGUCUUUCACACUGUCUCUCCUCAGCGGCUUCAGCACCUCCAUCGCCAUCUUCUGUGAAGAGUUCCCUCAUGAGCUGGGUGAUUUUGUGAUUCUGUUGAACUCUGGCAUGAGUGUUGGUCAGGCUGCGUUUUUUAAUUUGCUGUCUGCGAUGUGCUGUUAUCUCGGGCUGGCAUUGGGCAUCCUGCUGGGCAGUAAUUUUGCUCCAAAUGCUAUCUUUGCCAUUGCUAGUGGAAUGUUUCUCUACAUCUCUCUUGCAGACAUGUUCCCAGAGAUGAACAGUAUCAUGGCAUCACAUACCAAAGACUAUCAGGGAAGAGUCGUUUUCUUCCUCAUCCAAAAUGCUGGACUGCUCACCGGAUUCACUAUAAUUCUGCUUAUUACCCUGUUCGCUGGAGAUAUCAAUCUGGAGUAGAAGGAAAGCCAAGGGAAACAAAGAACAAUUGUUUUCACUUCCAAAAAGACCAAAACCUUCAGACACUAUUUUCUUCCCUAUUUUUUAUAUUAAACUUGUACUGUGUUUGUGAUUGGGAAAAAUGUAACACAAUCAAAUGGUCCUGGAAGAUUGAUUUCUGUAAUGUUUUUUACUGCUGUUGUUGCUCUGCUGUGGCUGUAUGUGUCUGCGAGUUGGCAACAAUAGGUCGCUGUGUGUGCAGGAAUUCCUCAGUACAGCCCGGCACCGAGUCUCUAAGCUGCUUUGUAGAACAAAUGUCAACCUUUUGACUGAGACUGUAUAUCAUGUUUGCAAAGUCCAAGCAUAACACAUGAAGGUAAAGUUGAUUUGUGCCUUCUGCCUUUGAGUCUUUUCUGAAUGCUAUUAUGGGAGGAAGGCUACACUUUAUUUAAGGUGGCAUUCUUACAGUUUAAUUUAAUGUUCAAGUACUGAGAGAAUGUUUUAACAUACUUGUUAUAGGGUUAGAUUUGGUUUAGGGUUAAUUGUAUGGAAAUAUACAUCAUUUAUUGAUUUAGUAUAUACACUGCUCAGCAUAUAUAAGUACACCCCUCACAAAACUAUCUUAUAAAUUCAUAUUUUUAAUAGGAAGCUAUACAAUAUUCUAUUUGUGUAUAUACAUUAGAUUAGUCAGUACUGAAGCAGUAAAUCUGGAGCUUAUCUAAUAAAAUAACUUACAAUAAUGGUCCAAAAACUAAUACACCCAGAUUUAUAUUCAUUCAUUUUCUUUUCGUCUUAGUCCCUUUAUUAAUCCAGGGUCACCACAGCGGAAUGAACGUUUUUACACAGUGGAUGUCCUUCCAGCCGCAACCCAUCUCUGGAAAACAUCCAAACGCACACUCAUGACAAUUUAGCCUAUCCAAUUCACCUGAAACCGGAGCAAUUGGAAGAAAUUCACGUGAACGCAGGGAGAACAUGCAAACUCCACACAGAAACUGACCCAGCCGAGGCUCGACCCAGCGACCUUCUUGCUGUGAGGCAACAGCACUACCUACUGCGCCACUGCGUCACCUCAGAUUUAUAUGUCAUAGCAAAAUAUUAAAUACAAAUUUA